AAAAAGAGAGUCAGAUUGGAGAGGAGGACACAGGCACUCAAAACCCUGUCUGCGCUUGGUAUAUUAGGCAGCCAGCGCUCUUGGCUGGGAGCCCAGACGAGGCUUUUGUAAUCAAAACAUGAUCUUGUAUGCUGUGCAACCAGUGCUGAGAAAGGCCGUCUGAUGGCUCUCCUCUUUUAGCUCUGCGCUGGAAUCCGCCGGGCUCUGCUGCCGAUGUCUGACAUGCACCGAGCGGAUGCCACUGUGGAUGAUGCUGUGCUAAGGAAGAAAGAACAGAAAGAUGUUGAACUUGAUAAGAAAAUCCUGGCUCUGCGGAAGAAGAAUGAAGCACUUAUACGAAGAUACCAGGAGAUCGAAGAGGACAAAAAACGAGCUGAGCAGGAGGGAAUGGCUGUUACCUCCAGGAAACCCAAGCAAGAUGGACUCACUAUUACCAUCACCAAAGCUCACAAUGACCUGAAAGAUGCAAUUACCCAGACUGAACACUAUGGACAAGAUAGCCAAGCCCUCUCGAUGGACAAAAGGGUUGUGAGUGAGAAAAAGAGCCCCUGUCCUGUGAGCACUGCAUUUGGCACUGGCAGCGAGGAAGAGGAGGAGGAGGAGGAAGCAGAUCAUACGUUCACAUUCAGAAUGGGGAAGAGGAUGCAGCUGGCUGUUACCAUGGACAACAAAGCCAAGGGCAAGAGAAUUGUCAGUGAGAAACGGACUGAGUGCUUCCCUGGUCCAGGCAGGAUGCCAGACCUGAGUGAAGAAGAAACAGAUCACUUGGUGGCUUUCCGCCGGGGGAGAAGAAUGCAGAUUGCUAUCACCAUGGAUAACAAGGACAAAGCAGAGGAGAGGAGAGCAGUGGAGAAGAGGAGAUCAGACAGUGAGAGAGGACCUGAAAGUGAGCAUGGCCGUAAGGAGGGUGGGAAGUCAGUCCAGAAGUGCCCUGGAGACCUGAGUUUCCCCAUGAGCGGACGGGAACGCUCGGAGUACAUCCGCUGGAAGAGGGAGCGAGAUCAGAUUGACCUUGAGCGACUGGCACGGCACAAGAAUGCAAAGGGCGAGUGGAGGCGGGCUUGGGAUGUGGAGAAGUCGGAGCACAUGUUUGAAGAGGACUUUGUUAAGGAUGGGGAGCCAGCCUUGGAUAAUCCCAGCAAUAAGAAAGGGGGAAGAAACGCAAGGAAAUUCCAGCACAGGUCCUUUCCUCCCAACGGGAGAGGUGGAGGACAGCACAGCGUGAAUGUGAGCGAUCCUGGUCCCAAAGCAACGAGCAGCCGAGCCAAAGGAAAGGACAGACUGACCGGCAGAGCCAGAAGGUGGGAUGCAAAAGAAGGUGAGGACACGUCGUUUCUGAAGGAUGAUCCUGACAGCCAGAGGAACCUUGGUACAGACAAGCAGAAAAGCAAAGGUGAUGAGGUAGUGGAAGAGAACUGCACAGCUGAGUUGGAGGAGAAGGUGAAACCACCAAACCUUCAAGAGCAUGGGAGGCGAAGUGGGAAGGCCUGGUCUGCCCACAAUGGCCAGAAGGAAGAAAGGAGAAGAGUGAAGGGGCUCAGCAAGGAGGUCUCUGAGGCCAGCACAGGUGACUUGGAGCCAAGGCCCAAGCCAAGUAAGGAACAGAUUGAGGAAGAUGCCAAUGGGAAGCCUGGCGCUGUUGAUACCCCCCAGGAGAAGGAGAGCACAAAUAGCAGUGCUUCACAAAGUGGCCUUCCAAGUGCUGUGCAAGCCACUAAGCACAGCAGUGAGGAGACCUCGUUAUUGCCCGUGGGAGCUGAUUUAGAUGGAGAUGGCUUAGAGAAAAAGACAGCUUCCGAACGGGAAUCCACUGAGGACUCUUCAAACAGCCAUGGAGGAAAGCUGGACACAGGUACAGGAGGCAGAUUGGAUGCAGAUCAAGGACAGCUGGUGGGAAAAAGAGGGGAGGAGGUGGCCCAAAACACUGCCCUUGAGAGACAAACGCUUGCACUGAAAGGAGUGGAAGAUGCUGAAGACACUAAACACACAGGAGAGCCUUUGCCCACAAAGACAGACAACUCCAGCGAGACUGUUGUUCCUGAGCAGGAUGUGGCAGAAUUACAGCCCAGGGAAGGGGACCAGCCUGAAGAUUGCAAGAACAAGGACAGUGGGGACACUCUCAACUAGCAAAUGUUGCACCGGUUUGCUGGAGAUGGAAGGAACAUCUCCUCAGCAGGAAAAAAAAGACCUGGAUUUCUCUAGCACCAGCUCAGCCCAACCAGGACAAUUCAUCUCCGUGGCUUGACAGCAGGGCUGCUAGGAGCAACAAAACAGCGACGAUGACAACCACCACCAAAAAAGCAAAAGCUCAUUUGGCUCAAGUUGGUUAAGCUGUCAGUGUGUUUGGAGCGAAAAGGUCUCAUGUCUAUUCCUGCUGUUGCUUUGAAGUUCCCAAAUCAACAUGAGGGGCUGCAUAAUGACAUAGAUGGCAGUCACGAAUAACUACGGGCUGGUAACAGUCACUUCCCUUCUCCCCCGGCUUCUUUUGCCUUGUGCAACAGAUUCGUUUCAGACCAUAUUAUGUAUAAAAUGCUGCAAAGCUCUACCUUGCUUUCACAUAAUUCUCUCAAAAGUGUUAUUUCACAGCAGUUCUUUGGAACCGGAUUCCUUCGCCUUGCCCCUGUUUGAGGUAUGUUUCAACCCUCAGUAGGAGUCUCUGUGUAGCAAUCGGAAAGAUCGUCAUGUUGGAAAAGGCGUUACAGAAGAGUUGGAAGGACAGACAGGAUAGCAAGGUACUACAAAGGAAGGGAAGCAGAUGGCUCAUCCAUAUCAGAAGAUUCUGGGUAUGCAAGGAAAAGCUUCCACCAAGGAAGGAUCUCCACAACGAGAUCCUUCCUCAGUGGCAGCCAGCCCUUAAAUGAGGCCUAAGAGGUGAAUUGCCUUCACCUGUGCUCCCAGGGCUGGCUGGGUCUUUCCUCCAGGUGCUCAAUCAGUGGUUCAGGCCCUGACUCAGCAGUUCCCAUACAAGCUCUCAUCAAAGCCUUUCAAAGCAGAGGAUGUUAAUGUUAUGUUUUGAAAUGCUGGUGGUUCAGUUUUGAUACAGUGCAAUUUUUGCAAAGAUCGGGCUAGAAAUCAAUGGGAUGAUUUUGCACAAUAAAAAAACCUAACAGUUCCCAAAGGGAUGGAAAACUAUCCAUUCCAUGGGUGAAAGUUCCACCAUGUAAAACAAUUGCGUGGCAGGCCAUUGCACCUGAUGUCAGGGAGAUGUCCUCAGUUCCAGGAUCCCACCCAUCCCAAAGCACAGCAGUCAUCUGUAGCAGCAGGUAACUCAGCAGCUACCGCUAACUCAAACACUUCUGCAGAGCAGUGGUUCCUUGCAGCAGCCACUAUGUGGAUUUCACAGCUUCCACUGCUAAUGUCUAUUUAUGGCACUGAAAACCUCCCGCACCUUCAAACCAGUUGGAGAUGCUGUGCAGCGAGCGUGGUGGGGCCUUCAUCAUUUGCUUCAAAUAACAAGGAAUAAAUAUUUACCCAAAGUGCAGGACUGGAAUCCCUGGAGAAUGUCCAACAAGUCCCAGAGAAGUAAACGAUACACAAAAACCACAGAAGCUUUUUCCCCUGAAUUCUCUUGAGAAAAUUAAUCUUAACGUCUUUAGAGCAAAUGCAGCUGGGGGUACAUUUCCAGAGCAGCUCCAGGGAUCUGACCUUGCAGCUCCGGCUGACGUCAGUGGGAGUGGGGCAGGCAGGGCCUGCAUGCUGCAGGAGCGGGGAGGGCGGACGGGGUCAGCUGUGUGAUGCAAACCAGUGCUAAAGGUUGGUGCAGGAAGGGGGACAAGCAGAAACUAAUGCUUCUCCCCGCAGUUAUGGGGCUGCAAGGAACAUAUGUCUUCCCUCGAGGUUCAAGAGUUGAGAAGAUACUGCUGCUGCUGUGUCUUGGACAUCAGUGUGGGGUUAGGCAGGAGGAGAUCUCAAGGGUUUAACUUGGAGAGCGCUGGUUCUUCCGUGCAACCCAACCUCAUACUGUGACACUGUGAAUUCCAAGACCGUCCUAAUACCACGUACCAGAGUGGAGAGCUUAGGCCUCGUGCAGAAUUGUGGAGUGCUGUGGCUUCGUACAAGACCUGAUGCAUUUAUCUUCGUACAUCCAGAGUUAUGGAAAGCCUUCCCAGUGGAGUGAUAUAGGAAAAUGUUAACAUUGGGAAACGUGGAUUUUGUGAGAUUGGCUCAAGAGAAGUGAACUUGGGCAGAAGAAACACAGGGAGGAACUGCAGGGAUGCUCAGGGAAUGGUCUAGCAAAAAUGACUGACAGGUGUAAUUUCUAUAAAUACAGAGGAAUAGUAAAUAGCAUUUAAGGAGAAGGCCAUUCAAACCAGAAAAUAAUCCUAAAUCUUUGCAGCACUUUGCAAGAGCUUUUCCCUUGUCUUUGGUUCAUCACGGUGACUUGCGGAGAGAAGAGCCCACUAGAAGUUGUUAAUGCAAGGAGAGGCAUGGACCUAAGCUAGUCAUUGGUGCACCUUUGCUUCCUUGUGGCUACUCACUGGAGCACAGCAAGGCUGAACAUUACCAGGGGCUCUGCCAGGCAAGCUGUAGCCAUUCUAAGCACUGCACACAGAGCUGCUUGCCCUGCUUUGUAGCUUCCAGCUGCUGCUGUUAUCGCGGAACUGACAGAAGGGAGCAUGUGCCCAUACCUCGGAUGCCUGUAUUAACCCUCCUAAUGCAAACCCCAGACAAAAAGGAGGCAGAGAUCAAUAUACCACAUUGCAGUCUGCAUCUUACUUCCCACCAGCUCUAUGCUGAGAGGGAACACACAGAAUGCAGACAGCGACGGGAGCUUAAACCACUCCAGCAGGAUCCUCCACCAAAGCCUGCCUUCACACAUUUAAGCUCACCAAGGGUAGCAGUGAGAACUGUUCCACCAGUGGCAAAUCUAGACAGUGACCCACAGGUUUGGCACGGCAUCCUCUUGUGGCUGAUGGCAGAACUAAAGGCAGCACACAGCCGCACUGCUGCCCCCAGUCCCGGACAGAAACACCUAUUUCUACAUCUUGCCAAGCCUCUGGCAGCCCCUGAGUUACGGAGAAGAGGAUACAGUGAACAGGAGAGAAAUGCUAAUCACUAUUUCUAAUUACUAAAAGCAAUGACUCUCAAACCCACCAGUGCCUUGGCUGCAAAGAUUUGUUCCUGCACAGAGAGGUGUCUGUAUUGAAAAGGUAACACUGCACAGCAGGAAAGAGAACUGUCUAUCUGCAGUCAAGAGCGCAGGGGUGACAAUGAGAUUUUUGGAACCAUUAAUAAUCCCAUUGAUUAACAACAAACAGAGCUAGCUCUGGGAUCAGUUCAGGCUUGUAAAACGGACUAUAAAAAUGUCUACAGCAGCAGCUUUAGACUCUUCCUUCAGCAUCAAUUAUUGCAGUACCUUGGGUGUGACUUCUGUGUGGUUCCAUAUUGGAUAUCUGUCAUUAGAUGAUUCCUUUGGAUCUUCCCCUUUCAUGUGAGCCAAGCUGUCUAUUGCCUCUGCUGCCUUCACAGUAUUUCAUCUGUUUUUCCUUUUACGUUCCUUCUCUAUCCUUUCUUGUGAGCUUUGGGUGUUGAAAUCUGCAUCAGCAAAAGGCAGAACCACGAAUUUCAACGUGGAUGCAGAAAAAAAUGCCAACCCAGCAAUUUUAAGCAGCACUCAAGAACCUGGCAACUAAAGGAGGAAAAAAAGUGCGUGCCUUUCCUAACGAAAAUCAAUGUAUUUCGGUCUGGAGGCAGGGCAGCAAUUUCAACUCACAGGUUUUCACUGGAGAAAA